CAAAAUGGUGGCACAUGAAUGAAGUGCGUCAUCGAAUCGUUCGUUGCGUGCCGGAUUCGCGAUAACAGUAGCAGGUGAUAACACGAGAAAAACAAAACGGCGGCAUGGAGAACGAACUCCAAUGAACCGCGCGAUAAGCGCCAGCACGGAGGAGGAGCGCACGCAUCAUACGACGCGUGAGCAGCGUCGUCAGUCGUAGCGCCGCACUCCACGCGAUUCAUUUCCUGCCGGUCGUGCUCCCGGAACAAGCGUUCAAUCUGAUUAGUUUACAGUAGUUUGCAUCAACCUUACCGACGGACGUAAUCACGCGAUCGUCGUGCGUUCGCCGAGUAACGAUAGUAACGCUCAAACUGUUUACUUCAGGCGUGAUUCGUGUCGUCGAGUAUCGACGUGGAGCUGGUGUGGUGCCGUAUUUAGGUGCUGCAGGAAGCAGCCAACAGUUCGCGUUUUAAUUAGGAUACACGUACAGUGGAGACACCUCCACCGACGGCAGGAUGAGGUCCUAUUUAACCAAAGACCAUUUGGUCGGAUUUGAAAAUUACAAGUAUAGCUGUAAAGAUACUAGUCCACUUAGCGUAUAUGUGAUGCACCCAUUUUGGAACAAAGUCAUAUUGAUCUGUCCGAAAUGGAUCGCCCCCAAUCUACUAACGUUCACCGGAUUCCUAUUUACCCUGGUGAUGUUGGCUCUAUUGAGUCUCUACGACUAUGAAUUCUAUGCGAAUGCUCCGAACCAUCCAGAAGUGUUGCCGAUUCCGAGCUGGGUGUUUCUAGCGAGCUCGAUAUUUCUAUUCCUCGCUUAUACACUAGAUGGUAUCGAUGGAAAGCAAGCCCGUCGCACAGGAACCAGCGGCCCGCUCGGAGAACUCUUCGAUCACGGUCUGGAUUCACUCACAGCGGCGAUAAUCCCGCUCGCAUGGUUUUCCAUCUUUGGCCGCAGCGAAGAACACAGCAUCAAUGCGCUGCGCAUGUUCUUCGUCGUGUGGAACGUCCUCAUCCACUUCUAUCUCACGCACUGGGAGAAAUACAACACUGGUUUGCUAUUCCUACCGUGGGGUUAUGACUUCUCAAUGUGGUGUACGAUCAUCACGUUUUUCGCCGCCGGCGUACGCGGAAACGAUCUCUUCAACUUCAAGCUCGCCGGGUUGAGCGCCGGCGUCUGCUUUGAGAUACUCUUAUACGUUUCAUCCGGUUUGGCGAAUCUGCCUAUGAUCGGAUGGAAUAUGUAUCAGUCGUACAAGAAUCAAACGGGGUACAAUCGGACGUUUGCGGAGGCGGUGCGACCGCUGGUUUCGAUCACGGUGUUCUUUGUGAUGACCACAUUAUGGGUGUUAUUGGCACCGUAUGUCUUGGAGAAGGAUCCGCGUGUGGUGUUUAUUAUCAUUGGGACUGUCUUCUCGAAUAUUUGCUGUCGAUUAAUCGUGGCGCAAAUGAGCAACACUCGCGCUGAUUUAUACAACUGGCUGUUGACUCCCAGUGGGGUAUCGAUUGCUGUGUGCCUCUUGGUGGAUAGUGAAGUUGUGCAGCUCACGACAGCCUAUGUGUGGUGUGCCAUUGCGUUGAUAACACAUAUUCAUUACGGAACGUUUGUGGUUCAAGAAAUGUGCAGACAUUUCCGGAUCAUGUGCUUCAAAAUUCCGACGCAAGAACCGCCACACGCCGAUUGACUUGCUGCCGACAACGCCUGAAAUUAAGCAUUCAUCUACCCGGGCGCAAAAUCACCACUUACCACCAUCAACAACACAAAUCUUCAAUUUUGUUAUAUUUUGCGUUCAACGUUUAAUUUCGUGCGUUGUCCCUCGGACGCCACUCUAUGUUUUUGUGCUCGUCCAUUUGUGAUUGUUUAUUAUUUGUUUAAUUUUUACUUUCUCUCCGACGCGAGAGAAGCAAAUCUCAGGCGUGCAGCAAAUUUUACGUGAAGCGUUGAAUAAAUUCAGACGGCGUCCGCAGCAUAAUGAAAUCUAGCAUGAUAUCUUAUUAGUAGAUUGUUGCGGUUGUGAUUGAGCAAGCAGAUCAAGUUGCACGCUGAGAAUGAUGUACGAAAGCGUCGUCUUUGUUUUUGCUCAAUGAAUACUCAUUUUUAUUAUUUAUUUCGAUAAUUUCAACUUCAAAGUUACUUGAUAAUGCCAGUCAGACAAACUAAAUAAGUAAACAUCAACAAGAACUAACAAAUAGAACAAAUGCAGUCGUUUAUAAAGCAGUAGCUAUACAAAGGUAUGAUUUUGAUUGCAGUUAAUUUUUAUUUUUUACUUUCGAGGGGUUUUUAUUUAUGAAUAUCAUUUUGGUGUAAUAUUUGAUGUUUACGAUGAUGCGCCAUGUGCCAUUUUGUAAAACGUAUUUAUUGUAAGUACGGAUGUGCGACUAGUCGCGUUGAAAAUGACUGCUACGGAUGGAACCCUACAUGAUUUGGUUGUAUAAUUUGCUAAGUAUCUUGUAAGUUGCGGCAGGUUGAUCACACGACACGAAUAGUUGCACAUGCUGUAGAUAAGAGGCGUCGCUUCUUUCUGUUUCUUGUAAUAAUUAACAUUCCAUUUGUACACACUUCACCAUGGGCUUCUUUUUGGCAGGGAGAUGCGGUAGGAAUGUAGGGUUUAGGCGUAGCGGACUUGUAGAUAGGGUUUUUAAUGUAUUGUAAUUUUUUGGACGUUCGCAGUUCGCAAGUUUAACAAAUUGUGGUACGCUAGUGAAACCAAAUAGAUUGCAAGCAGAGUGGACGUGGUCGUAACCGACCAAUAAUUAAUUAAUUAAUUUUUGGAUUAAUUAAUAAGAAUGAUUGCACUUGAUUUUUCGGUGUCGCAUAAUUAAAAAUUGAAAACCAAUGGUGAUUUUCGAGCGAUCGAAAAAAUAUAUUUCAUAUGAGAAUAGUUACAAUAAAAACAAUAAAAUGGAAUAAUACUUAUGUAACAAA